AAUAAAUAAAAUAAAUAACAGUACUGGCCACUAGCCCAGUGGUAGUGGUUCCGAUAAGCCGGAGUUGUUGUUUAAGCUGAGAGCUGAGUAAUGCAGAACUAAGCAUCCAAAAAAUUUAAUCUUUCAUUCUUCUGCUCACUUUUGAUUCGAAUACUGACUAAUCUAAUGGCGAUAGCUAGUAUCCUGGGUUCAAUCCAAAACCCCUUUUUAUGUCUCCGUGAACCAACGUCUCCGGGGAGCCGCUCCGUCGUCUUCAGUCGCUAUCUAGAGCCCUGUGGCAGACGAUGGAUUCCCAGAUCCAUUAGAGCAUGCCAACCUUCCGACAAGCUUGGUGGUGAUGGAGGCACUUCAGCUUCAGCUAAAAGAUUACAUUUUGGGAAGCAAUUGCUGAGUUUUGCUUCUGAUAACUUCUUGCCUCUUGCUCUUGUUAGUGGAGUGGGGCUGGGCUUUGCAAAUCCAACACUAGGCUGUCUUGCAGACAAAUACUCUUUCACUAAGAUCAGUACAUGCGGGAUAUUUAUUAUAUCAGGGUUGACUUUACGUACUGAAGCGAUUGGUGCUGCUGUUAAAGGAUGGCCUCUUGGAGUAUUCGGACUAAUCUCUAUUUUGUUGCUCACUCCAUCCUUCUCACGGCUUAUUAUGCUGGUCCAACUCCAACCUCCGGAACUUGUUACAGGGCUGGCUAUAUUUUGCUGUAUGCCAACCACCUUAUCAAGUGGUGUUGCCCUUACUCACCUUGCUGGUGGCAAUGCUGCUCUUGCUCUUGCGGUGACUGUGGCAUCCAACUUAUUAGGAAUUCUAAGUAUUCCAUUUUGGGUAUCAAGAUACAUAGCUGGGGGAGUAGGUGUUUCUUUUCCGACUGAGCAACUGUUCAGAAGUCUUGUAGUUACUCUGUUAAUUCCUUUGAUCAUUGGCAAGGUUAUUCGGGAAUCAUUCAAAGGUUUUGCAAACUUUGUUGACAAUAACCGUAGCCUCUUUUCAAAAAUCAACGCAAUCUGCCUCAGUAUGGGUAGCCUUGGAGUUUGGCUUUGUUCCAGGAAUCUGAAUGUUGUCUUUUCUGUCUAUAGUUAAGAUUUUAUCUUUUGACAUUUAUCAUACCUGAAAGAGUACUUUUACCAAAAAUUUCCUAUCUCAUUAACUCAAUAAUGAUUACAAAUAUGAGUAUAUA